CCAAUGAGAAGCAGAAACUUGCUCUCCCUCUUCCUGCUCCGUCCCAGGGUGUUGGCUCUUGCGUGCGAUCCCUUAACGGCUUCUCGCUCCUCCCAUAAACUGUGCGUAAAGGACAGGAGCCCAGGGGCAAGGGUGCUUUCCUAUUAAUUCUCGUUUCCUUUUCUGCUUCUGGCCCCCGCUUUGUCCCCCUUCCUUCUCCCCACUCCCUUGUCACCAUGUUUCGUGUCUUGCGAGGGUUUGUCCUCCCGGAGGCUGCUUGUGAAGCGCCCGAGAGCAGCGCGAUGUAUGAAAACCUCUUCAAGAAGCUAGACCUCAAUGAAGACGGCCGAGUGGACAUUGCCGAGCUGCAGGCCGGUCUCAAAGCUUUGGGCAUCCCUUUGGGGGAUGACGCAGAGAAGAAAAUUUUCAAAGCUGGUGAUACUAACCAAGAUGGCAAGCUGGACAUUGAAGAAUUUAUGAAUUACCUUAAAGACCAUGAGAAGAAAAUGAAAUUAGCAUUUAAAAGUCUAGACAAAAACAAUGAUGGAAAAAUUGAUCCAUCAGAGGUUGUUCAGUCCCUUAAGAUACUGGGUGUAGACAUUUCAAUACAUCAGGCAGAGAAGAUUCUACAAAGCAUUGAUGCUGAUGGAACUAUGACGGUGGACUGGAAUGAAUGGCGUGACCACUUCUUGUUUAAUCCAGCUACAGAUAUUCAGGGAAUCGUCCGUUACUGGAAACAUUCUACUGUAUUGGACAUAGGGGAUAGUUUAACAAUCCCAGAUGAGUUCACAGAAGAGGAGAAAAAGACUGGCCAGUGGUGGAGACAGCUUUUAGCUGGAGGUGUUGCUGGGGCUGUAUCUCGAACAGGCACCGCACCAUUGGACCGACUUAAAGUCAUGAUGCAGGUUCACGGCUCCAAGUCAAAAAUGAACAUAGCAGGUGGCUUGCAGCAGAUGGUGAAAGAAGGAGGCAUCCGUUCUCUUUGGAGGGGAAAUGGUGUCAAUGUUGUUAAAAUUGCACCUGAAACAGCUAUUAAGUUCUGGGCUUAUGAACAGUAUAAGAAAAUGUUUCUUAAUGAAGAUGGGAAGGUAGGAACUGUGGAAAGGUUUAUAUCUGGCUCACUGGCUGGUGCAACUGCACAGACUUCUAUUUACCCCAUGGAGGUAAUGAAGACCAGAUUGGCUGUAGGCAAAACAGGACAAUACGCUGGCAUGUUUGACUGUGCUAAGAAGAUUUUAAGGAGAGAAGGCAUGAAGGCUUUUUACAAAGGUUAUAUUCCAAACAUUUUAGGCAUAAUUCCUUAUGCUGGCAUAGACCUUGCUGUUUAUGAGGCUUUAAAGAAGACAUGGCUAGAAAAGUAUGCAACGAACUCUGCCAACCCUGGUGUAUUGGUGUUGCUGGGGUGUGGUACAAUGUCCAGUACCUGUGGCCAGUUGGCCAGUUACCCUCUUGCACUUAUCCGAACUCGAAUGCAGGCUCAAGCUAUGGUGGAAGGAGGCCCACAGCUGAACAUGGUUGGUCUCUUCCAAAGGAUAAUUGCUAAGGAAGGAGUCCUCGGACUAUAUACGGGUAUUGCUCCUAACUUCAUGAAGGUGCUUCCUGCUGUCAGCAUCAGUUAUGUGGUGUAUGAAAAGAUGAAAGAGAACUUGGGGAUAGCAUGAAAGCAAGAAAAGAACAAAGUGAGAGAUUAUCAUGGAAUGUGCAUACCAGAUGACAGUUUUGUUUACUUCAAAUUUAUUCAUGUUUGCAAUUGGAGACCAGUCUUCUGUGCAAAGUGCUGUGGGAUUCGUGGUCUUUUGAUGGAGGGCGGGGGGAAAUCCCACCUUCCCAAUACACUGUGAGCCAGUUUCUGAAUCCUAACAAUCAAGAAAAAAGUAUUGCUAAUUCAUGCACAGGAUGGAAAAUCUUUUUUUAAAUUGUCUCUUUUUAAAACAGUUCCAUAUUUUUUCACUCACAUCCAACUGACAUUUGACUAUGAUAAAAUGUAUUUGGAAGUACAGUACUGUGUUGGGGCCCCCAAUCACCCUGAAACAGUCAUGAUUCUGGCAUGUAGAUUACACAUGUAGCAGAAUAAAGUGGUUGACCUCUGAGGUGUUGGAAUGGACUAUAUAGUAUAUAGUAUUACUUCAUGCUGCAUGGAGGAUUUGUGCCAGUUUUUGAUGCUAAGCUUUGUAAAACUGCUUGCAAGUGAAAAACGUGGCACACUGCUGUUUUACUUUUCCAUUUAAAGGAAUCAUUCAGGUAGGAGAAUUUUGAAAAGUAAUCAGUCUGAAAUGGGGCAGUCACUGUGUUUCUUCAAACGCUUUGCCACCCCAUAAGGAUGUCCACCUGCUGCAUAUGAACAGCUAAGUUCCAUUUAAACCAGUGGAAGAAACUAGUCACAACUAACUUGAGCCCUUAAAACCCAAUCCAAAGCCCCAGUGGCUGGGGAUAGCGCUACUGCUACAUUGCCUCCAGAGGACUUUCUGGCAGUGCAGGGAAGCAGAAAAAGCAACCCCGGCCUCCUGCUGCUAGAAAACCCUCCAUAAGUCUAAAUGAGCUUAUGACCCAAAAGUCUGUCAUAAGUCCAAGCCCUGGACUGCAGUAUAACAGCCUGAAAACCCAGGGGUGGAAGCUAACUAAUGUCAGCUUUGUCCCUGGGACUGCCCCAGCCUGUCUCCCCCCACCCCAGUGCCACCGUCCAAUUGGAUACCAGUGCAGCUCUGCAGCGGCUCCAGCUGCCUUGGAGCUGAGGGGUGACUGGCUGCCAGUGCCUUUGCCUCCUCCACUGGUGAGGGUGCCCCUUGCACCAGCAUUGGGAGCAAACACCGGCCCCACAAUGUUAUUUGCCACCCUCACAGGAUUGGGCUAUUAGGCAGGCUAAAGUGCUGUAACCUAAGCUCCAUUGUAUUCAGUGUGGCUUAGUUGUGACUAUCUUCAGCUGCCUGGGAGUCAAAGAAAUCCUGAUGUUGAAUCCCUGGGUCAAAUUAAAGCUGAAUACAGUAUGUAGUUGGUGUUAUUGCAGUCUAACGUUGUUGCAGUUAAUGAGCUUAGACUGGGGUAAGUCUGUGUAGGAGUUCAUUGUAAAUGAUCCAUUCAGAAGGACCCCACUAGUUCAUUCCUUUGGGCUACUUAAUGUAUACAUGUUGUCACAGUAAGCUGAGUUGCUCUUACUUCUGAUUGCUUGAUCACCACGUGAGAAAGCUGGCCUUUGUAUAUCUUGUGUUGACUUCAGUCUUAGGGUUAAAAACUUUCCUCCUUUUAUUGUGGUCUAUAUAUAUUCAGUGUGUCAGUGGAAAUACUUUCAGAAAGGGAUGAUUAUGUGAAAAGCUGAAGCAGAGUAAGAGGGAUAGUGUCUUUAUAUUACCCUUCUAUUUUUCCUGCAGAUCAGGAUGUCCUUGUUGACAUUAAAAAACAAAAUUAAACUAUUCUUUUUAACAGUGUCCCAGAGACCCACUGAUAAUUUAAAAGCUCCCUCUUAGCACCCGGAAUCUGAUUGCCAGGUACGCUAAGUUAGAAAGAGAGACCAAGUACAUUGAAAUUGGCAAUAAAGAAUAUUUUCCUCAGGUCCCUGAAUUGUUAAUAUUGAGUAGAUGUAAACUGAGCUGUGACCUUUGGGAUAAGAUCAUGUUGAAGAGACCUUUCCUGUAUGCCUUUUGCAAGAACGUUUAAAUGCAUGUACAUUAUUGAAUGGAUUCUCAGUUUUCAUGCUUGUUUCAAUUGUCUGAAUGAGUGACUGCUGAAUGCCUGUAAUAUUAUUUGCACAGCACUGAAAGUGUACCUGAUGCUCCUCAACACCAUGUUGAAACAGAUCCUUGGACAGCUCUCACGUCUUCAUCAAGAGUUAGCUGUUCCUUUUAACUAUCUGUAACACUUUUUGCAUGCAAAAAUGACACAGGAAAUUGUUCUGGAGUGUAGAUCUGUUUGUUGCUCUUCUAAAGGCCACAACAUAGGUCACACGUUCUGGAGGAGUUAUAUUCCAGAAGCCAGCUACCCAUCUGUUCUCUGAACCUGUUGUACAAGUACCUCUCUCUAUAUAUCAGAUUUCAUGCAAAUAUUCCACAAUCAAUUGGCAGAAUUGCUGGAGGCCAGUUCACCCUUUCAAAUUCCUGUAUGUAACUGUAUAUUUAGGUAUAAGAUAAUGUGGACAUAGGAGGAGUCAGCUCUACUAUUCAUGCAAAGAAUUGCUUAUGGGAUCAUGUCUGCACUUUUUUCCUAAAAACUUAUCACAAAGAUGGUGGCUGGCAUUACCUGCAUACAGCCCAGGUUCUUUGAGGCAAUCAGGUUCCUAUAUGGUGGGGUUUGAUAGAAUUAACUGUCCUUAGGAACAGCAGCACAUUAGCAAAAUUGGAAUACAUUUCCCGGUAGUAAUUUGUGUGGGCCUCAAAAGGACAGAGUGACUGUGAUUUUUUUUCCCUGUAAAUUCUACCCCCAUUUCUGUUUUAGCAACUAGAUUAUUGAACCCUUCCUGAGCUCCAGUUAAAACUACAAAAAUUCUUCAAAUUAAUAUGAGUCUUACAGUACCCUUUUCACUGGGGUGAGGUGCUCAUGUCAAUAAUGCAGUCUGUAAGAGAAUUUAGCACUUUCUGAGCUGCAGUGUGUUUUCAGUCAGUAGCUGUAUAACAAACACUCUUCAGUGGUCUUUCAACAUUGUGGUGAUGAACGCAGUUUAUAAAGCACUAUUCCCACCUCUGUUUUGUUCAUUGCAGUGGAGCUGGGAUAGGUAGUGGUACCAAACUGUACCCCUCAUUAGGAAUGGAAGGUUUUUAUGAUUGUUAUCUUCUGUUCUUGUGCUUGAUCCAAAACCAAAGAAUUGCUUAAGCAAGACUGCAAAGUGUUCUCUUUUAAAAGGGGGAAAAAACCCAGGUAUUCUAUGCUAUUGUAAUUUUAUUUGUUUGAGGGUGUGAAUUUCUGAACUCCUCCUUGCUUUUUUUACUGUAACCUAGAAAGAUGCCUAUUUUCUAUCUGUUGCAAAGAUGACCUGAACUUUAUGUAAACCUUACUCAGUCCAUUUUCUUGCACAAGUGUCCUUAGGGAAAUGGUAAUAAUUUUCCUGAUGAAUACUCCUGUAUGUUGGAAGAAUGCAUGAGACUAUGCAUGCAUUCUUGAAAAAAAGGCUAUGCAUGCUUGGUCUGUUACUUUGAGAAAGUGAAUCAGACAUUUUUAAAUAGAUUUAUACAUAUCAAUUUGUAAUAAACAACAUUUUGUAAUGAGA